AAUACUGGUUGAUCACCCUAACCGUCCAAAAUCGGAACCGGCCACUCACCGAUUCCGACAUAACCGGGUGGUUAGAGGUUAGAUUGGACGAUUUUACGAACAAUGGCCACAACAGUUAAAAAAUUUUGAUUUGGAUUUUGUACCUUACAUCCUCAAUUACUCGAUUUCAAAUCUAACCGUGAAGAUAAUUGUGAGCUCGUUGUAUAAAAAAUAAAUCCUCUCAUUAUAUACAUUUUCUAUUUAUAGACUUUGGAGUGAUUUUGUCAUACGAGCAUAUGUUUGAUCAAUUUUUGUCAUUUCGCCAAUUUUAAAACCAGUCCCGUAAGGAGAGCGACCGCAUAUUUGCAUUCUGGUGGUCGUAGUUUCAUAAACAGUUUGCUCCAAUGGAUUCUCUUCUCAAAGGAGCAGCAAUUGUAAUGAUGGGAGUUUCGGGUUCUGGAAAAACGACAAUUGGUGCAAAGCUUGCAGAGGCACUGCAGUGUAGUUUCAUUGAUGCUGAUGAUUUUCAUUCAAAAGAAAAUAAAGGAAAGAUGAGAAAUGGCAUUCCAUUGACAGACCAAGACCGUAUUCCAUGGCUCCAUUCUUUGCGUGAAACUCUUAUGAAGAGCAUGGCCAAAGGAACGACAGUAGUCCUCUGUUGCUCUGCCCUAAAACACGACUAUAGAGAGAUUUUGCGAUCUGCAGAUCCAAACUACCAUCCCACCGAUAAUGUCAUGAUUGAAAUGACAACAGAUAAUCAAAAUUCAGGGGAGUUCUCCGGCAAGAAAUUCGAAGGCGGGGCAUCGAAAAGUAGGGUUUUAUUUGUUUGCUUGGAAGCCCCAGAAGGAGUAAUCGAGGCCAGGCUUAAGAAAAGAAUGGAGAGAGGGGACCAUUUCAUGCCUGCUAGUCUCUUGGGGACGCAGUUGGCAUUGUUGCAAAUUAGAGAGGGUGAAAGAGUGAUUGAAGUUGACGCAACGGCUAAUCCUGAUGAUAUUGUAGAAAGCAUUAUGGCUCGGCUUGGGGAGUUGGAGGAAUUUUAAAUAUUGUGCAUUUUCAGGUUUUUUUUUUUUUUUUUUUUUUUUUUAGAGCUCGCUUGCGGCAUUAUGUUUUCCAACCCCAAUCUCCUCACUUUCAGCAUGAGAGACACUAAAGACUGAGCCCCAAUAUUAAAAGAAGAAAUAUUUUUCUACUUUGAAUAUUUUAGGUCAAGUAAAUGGUUUCAAAUCUUGAAGAUCCGAAAUCGUCACCGUAAUUUAGUUUUUUAGAAGCUAUAUUCUCACUUUGGAUCUUGAAAGUAAAGGCAUUUGACAAAAUAUAGAAGAAAAAGAAAGGGGUGUCAUCUAGGAAAUGUAAAGUUUUUAACAUCAGCUUGUCAUGAGUGUUUACUAAAAACACUCGAAUUAACUCAGAGGUUCAUACCCUCUAUUGUAUUUGACUAGAUAAUUUAAUUAGAGAGACUCUUGAAAAU